AUGUCAAAUAAAGAUGAUGAAUCAGUUGAAAUGUUAUAUUCAAAAUUAUGUCUUGAUUUAAAUAUGGAUAUGGAAACAAAGUUAGAUGCAUGGCGUUCAUAUGAACAUAUUCGUAAACAUUAUGUUUUAGAAGAUGAUCAGUUACAUUGGUUAGCUGUUUCAUUAUAUGUAUCAUGUAGAAGAUAUAAACAUCUAACAAUAAACGGUAAUAAUCCAAUAUCAAUAUCACGUUUAUUAAAAAGUGCUAAUCAUUUAGAAUUAAUUGUUUUUUUUUGA